UUACCAAGUUGCCAGGGAGGGAACACGAAGAAGAAGCGCAGCAAAAGAAGAAGAAGAAGCAUGGCUGCUGACAUGAGAUUACCCACUGUUCUAAAAUCGGUGUCGUUAUCGGGUUCUGUUUUAGACAGAAAAGAUCUGGUCGUCCCGGGCGAUGUCAUCACCUCAGACACCGGUUUCAUGAGGGGUCACGGCACCUACGUGGAUGAUGACAAGCUGACGGCUUCGGUUGCUGGAGAGGUGCAGAGAGUAGACAAGCUGAUCUGCGUCAGACCACUUCAGACCAGGUUCAACGGUGAGGUUGGAGACGUGGUGGUCGGCAGAAUCACGGAGGUACAACAGAAAAGGUGGAAGGUGGAGACCAAAUCCCGGCUGGACUCUGUCCUCUUGUUGUCCUCUGUCAAUCUGCCUGGAGGAGAGCUGAGGAGAAGAUCAGCAGAAGAUGAGCUCACCAUGAGAGAAUACCUUCAGGAAGGCGAUCUCAUCAGUGCGGAGGUGCAGUCGGUCUUCUCAGAUGGAGCCUUAUCCCUGCACACCCGUAGUUUAAAGUAUGGAAAAUUGGGUCAAGGAGUGCUGGUACAGCUCUCUCCUUCUCUAAUAAAGAGGCAAAAAACCCAUUUCCACAACCUGCCAUGUGGUGCAUCCAUGAUCCUCGGCAAUAACGGCUUUGUGUGGCUGUAUCCCACACCUGAACAACUGGACGAGGGUGCCGGGGGAUUCUACACCAACCUGCAGCCCGUUGGUCUGUCAGAUCGAGAGGUGAUUUCACGGUUGAGAAACUGCCUACUGGCUUUGGCCGCACACAAGGUGCUUCUGUAUGACACCAGUGUUCUCUAUUGCUAUGAGUCGUCAGUUCAACAUCAGGUCAAGGACAUCUUGAAACCAGAAGUGAUGGAGGAGAUUGUGAUGUUGACGCAACAGAAGCUGUUGGAACAGGAAGGUUAAAGAGCACAGCACGUGGACACAAUCAAGCAGCUAUGUCGACGACUGACCAGCUAUUCAAGGACCGAUUGUGCUUUUUUUCUAGUUGUAAACGUCCUGUUGUACAGCUCUAAGUGUAUUUUUUGUAACAAAACGGAUGAUAAAUGAUGGAUUUUUAGGUAUUUCUAUUAAUUCCGCAGCAUUCAGUAAUUUCUUGAGUAACUCUUGUGUUUUGCAGAGGCUAAGAGGAACACUUUUGAUAUUGUGUGGUAUACGAGAAAAAAAUUGUAUGCAAUACAUUUUCUAUAAACUUAAGAACAUCUC